GUAUUUGUCUUUUAAUUCAUUAGUGUGUUUGUCAUAUGCCUCAUUAAUAUGUUUGUCAAUUACUUCUUCAGUGUGUUUGUCAAAUGCCCCUUUAAUGUAUUUGUCUUUUACUUCAUUAGUGUGUUUGUCAUAUGCCUCAUUAAUAUGUUUGUCUUUUACCUCAUUAGUGAUUGUCAUGUGUAUAAUUAGUGUGUUUAUCAUUUACUCAAUUUGUGUGCUUUUCGUGUGCCUCAUUAAUGUAUUUAUCUUAUUAUUCAUUAAUGUGUUUGUCACAUGGCUCAUUAAUCUGUUUGUCUUUUACUUCAUUAGUGUGUUUGUCGUGUGCCUCAUUAUUGUGUUUAUCUUAUUAUUCAUUAGUGUGUUUGUCAUAUGGCUCAUUAAUGUGUUUGUGUUUUACUUCAUAAGUGUGUUUGUCGUGUGUCUCAUAAUGUGUUUGUCUUUUACUUCAUUAGUGUGUAUGUCGUUUGCCUCAUUAAUGUGUUUGUCUUUUACUUCAUUAGUGUGUUUGUCAUGUGCCUCAUUAAUGUAUUUGUUUUUUAAUUCAUUAGUGUGUUUGUCAUGUACCCCAUUAAUGUAUUUGUCUUUUAAUUCAUUAGUGUGUAUGUCGUGUGCCUCAUUAAUGUGUUUGUCCUCUUAUUCAUUAGUGUGUUUGCUAUAUGUCUCAUUAAUGUGUUUGUCAUUUACCUCAUUAGUGUGUUUGUUAAAUGCCCCAUUAAUGUAUUUGUCUUUUAAUUCAUUAGUGUGUUUGUCAUAUGCCUCAUUAAUAUGUUUGUCAUUUACUUCUUCAGUGUGUUUGUCAAAUGCCCCUUUAAUGUAUUAGUCUUUUAC